AGCAGCGACAGAAAGAGCCAGCAGCUCUCCCGAACUUACCAGCUCUUCCUUCGAACACCUCUCUCUACACACGCGUACGAGAUACGCACACGUGCCUCUGAGCCUUUAUGACAUUUUUUGACGCUUUUACGACUGAAACUUAUUGACCAUACGACGGCAUGGGAUUGUUACACACGGCACCAUACGAAACCAGGAGCUCUUCUUGAACUUCUUUUCUUGGGCUUCUUAGCCUGGAUAUGGCUUCUUUUCCUGGAUUUUCAGGCGUUUUAUGGCCUUCCGAGCCUUCGACAUGAUGUUCUGGUUUUCCAUCUCGGCUGGACCUAUGAGAUCUUCUCAAGCGGGAUCGAAAUCGAUCUCGACGGCGAAUGCGGCGACUCGCAUUUGUAAUACGUGGACCAGGGGGUUCUGGAUACUCGAUGCAUUCAGUUGUUCGUUCUAUGUGUGUAUUUUUUUGAACUUUACUUUCUUCGUGGCCGGGGUGCCUGGAAUUGGCCUGGGGCUUGGGGACGGGAUUCCUCUCGGGAUGAGGGGUUUCCUAUGUUUCUGCACUCCUAAUUUUUCUGGGAUGACUGUGUCCACUAGCGCGUGUGUGGGACUAGCUGGUGUGCUACUACUUUCUUAUGAGAUUCAGACCGGGAUUCUGGCGUUGGUGUUUGGAAAUUUUUGAGGAGGCUAGGUGCUAUGGGUGACACAGAUGCCAAUGCUGGGGAGUUAUUUUUCGCAGACGUAUGGCGCUUAGCGA